GGAUAACCUUACUUUCGUUGUAUUCCGUUUUAAGUUUUCCAGUAAAAGAAGGGCCUGUCAGUAGUCGUCUAUAUGUACCCUGUAGAACCGAAUUUGUGUCCAAAACAUCAAAAUCGCAAAUACGUCUCUACAGGAAUACAUGGGCGACGUAAAAGCCACGAAAGCCAAGUUGGGUUUGUAUUCGUCUCUGUCGGAGGCACGUGACUUUGCAUGAAAGUCGUGUGUUCUUACCACAAUAAACAGAGGAGUUUAAAUGAACCGAAUUGCUCAAGAAAGAAAUUAAAAUACUGAGCCAAAAUAGACAAGACGUAGAAUAUGCUGUAUGCUAUCCACUUUAAACGAUUAUUCUUAACCUUUUGUAGCUUAAUUAAACACUGUAUCUAUCACCAGGUGCAUUCCUCGUAGUUGUUGAAUUAAAACUGUAUACAUUAAAAGUAAUUUUAGCUUUACUUUGUUCUAAAAAUAACAGAAAAUAAGCAAUGGAGAUCAUGUAAAAAUGAGUCACUUAUUUUGGAAAUUUGCUGUUCCCUUGCAUGGAAGCGAACACCAAUAGUACUAUAUAUAUUUGCCUACAAGAUAUAGUAUUAUAAAAGCAUUGGAUAAUGUAGUGUAAUUAUUAGCAGUAGAUUUAAUACAUUCGAUCAGUUGGUCUAAUAAGUUUAAGAAAGAUUACUUUUUAAAUAUUAUUGUCGUUUAUAUUUUAUUAAUAAAUGUAUUUAAUAAGUUUUGUAAUUAGCUAAACUCUUACAGGUAAUGCACAAUUUAACUGAGAAACAUCCCUGGAUGCUAUGGCUUGAUCCGAGAAGAUUUCUCCAUUGUGUAUGCGUGUGUGAGAGAGUGAAAAGGGGGAGAGCGAGGGAGAGAGAGAGAGAGAAAGAGAGAGAGAGGAAUAGACAGACUGGGAGACUUCGCGGACAAUGGCGGAAAAUUGAAGGUAUAUUUGCGAGAGCUGUGGUUCCUUAUCCGGGGACUACAUCGCCCCAUGCCAUUGGGCCAUCGAAUCACGUGGUAAAAGUAACUUUACAGGGUUGCUCGCUAGUAGGAGGGCUUUAUGGAGCAGAAAAACGACAAAGCUAGAAAAAUUAUUUUCCACUCCAGAAAUUAAUGAUCAUGAGCUCGUAUUUGAUGGACUCUAACUACAUCGAUCCGAAAUUUCCUCCUUGCGAGGAAUAUUCGCAAAAUAGCUACAUUCCCGAACAUAGCCCCGAAUAUUACAGCCGUGCAAGGGACAGUGGCUACCAGCAUCACCACCAGGAGUUAUACCCUCCGCGGGCAAGCUACCAGGAGCGUCAGUAUAACUGUGCAAGCAUCCCUGAGCCUGAUACUCAAAGAGGACAUGGACUGCCUCACGCGGGGCACCUGCUUGGAAAAGGGCAAUCUGCCUCAUGUGAGCCCCCACCGUUACCCCUGUCUCCUGCCACCCCUUCGGCUGCAUCUUCCGCCUGCAAUCAAGCCACCCCGGAGCAUCCCAACAGCUCAGCCUCUGCCAAACAACCCGUAGUGUACCCAUGGAUGAAGAAAAUUCACGUCAGCACCGUCAACUCUAGUUACAAUGGAGCGGAACCCAAGCGGUCUAGAACUGCUUACACUCGCCAGCAAGUCUUAGAAUUGGAGAAGGAAUUCCACUAUAAUCGCUACUUAACACGGCGAAGACGUAUCGAGAUUGCUCAUUCCUUGGUCCUCUCGGAGAGGCAAAUCAAAAUUUGGUUUCAGAACCGAAGGAUGAAGUGGAAAAAAGACCAUAGGCUGCCAAACACCAAAGUCAGAUCCUCGUCCUCCACGGGCAUUUCCUCCGGGUCCAACACAAGCUCAGCGGCUGGCGUUGUGGCGGCAGCUUCCACCACUAACACCAUGUCAGCCUCCGAGGACCUCUCCGGAACCGAGCGUGGCGAGGAUAUUACAAGGUUAUAAGAGAACUAUUUCGAGGAGAGAAAGCAAGAUCAAAUGACUGAUUAUUUAUAAAAUAUAAUAUAUUUUGUUUUCGUAGGUAUCUUGUGCGUAAAGGGGGUUCCUUUAAGUCCACAGUUAUAUAAAAUGCAUGUUAUAUAGCAUGGAUUAUUGCGAAUACCUAUGGAUUAUUUUUUACGCGACACAGGGUUUAAUUUAUCUAAAACUGAAUCAAUAUGAUGUUUGUUUUUGUUAUAUGUUUUUUCAAGAGAAAUGUUUUGGGCGAAGCAGGUUAUGGACAUUUUAUUCAAAUGUUAUUUGUGGGCCUUUUUGCCCAGCUGCCAAGGUGAAGUGCACAACGAAUCUAUUUAUUUCUCACUUGAGAGAGCUGGUACGUUUUUCUUUUUCUUUUUGCACUGUAAAUGAAAAUGCUAUCGUGAGUAUCGAUAGAAAAAAAGAUCUUAAACGGUUUUUUGUUUUCUUUAAAAGUAAAUCAUGCUGUGGGUUAUCUGUCGUAUGGAAAGGUUAAGAUUUUAAAUUAUCAUUUAGUUUUUGUUGUGAUGGCGUUGUGUUUAGGCUAUUAACAGCAGAUUGUUGUGAGAUGCAAUAAAACCAGUUUAGUGUAUUUGUGCUAAUUAUAUUGGUCAAUAAAACGUAAGUGUCUAUUAGUUUAACCUAGACUUGGGUGACUUUUAUUAAUAUGCUUAAAGAUUACACUUCCGCGAAUAAUUGGCGAUCACUUUUUUCUCUUUAAUUGUUAAAAGAAGAUGCAGAUACUUUUAGCUUAAUAUAUAUCCUUUUAAAAAGACAAACGUAGGCCCAAACGUAAAAACAAUGUCAUCUUUUAAAUAAUCUACGCCAGUUGUGUCGAGUGUGUGUGCUGCAUGCGUUAUUGCAGAAAACUAAUUAGCCAUUUAAUUUCUGCCAUAGCGUUUCUUACACAUGCAACGCAGCCUCAUAUUUGGCUUGUGUAUGGGUUAGGCUAGCUUGGGUUGUGUACUACCCAUCACUUUCCUACGUAUUCGAUUAAUGUGGCAUCCAAUUCGGGCCUUAUUGUUUAGGGACCUUAUCGCUUUUUAUUCUAGAGAUUUCUUGCUAUUAAUUACUUCUCUCAACAUGGCUAAAAUGUUUCUAACAACCCAUUCCAGUACUGUAAAAGCUAAUUUUAAACCUUAUCAAUCUGAUAAAUAAAUUAAAAUAUAUUCCUGUUAUUUUAUAGAUAAACCAACCAAUAAAAACAGAAAAAUAUUUAGAGCGUAAAUUUUUCACAUGUUUUU